GAGCGUUGAGACUUUUAACACACAUAUAGAUAUCUAUUUUAAUACAGAAGGAGCUGCCCUUGUCGAUUGUGAAAAACAAGUUUUCAACGCGGUUCAAUAACGGCUCUGUGUAAGACUUCUCUGUAGCUGGCAGGAAUAUUGAUGAAAAGGGAUUUUGUGUGUUUGCCAUUCACUUUAAAGGUCAACCAGAUAUCAUUGGAUUUUUGAAUAAACACAAAAGCGAUAGCUGGUCGGUACAGACACAUUGUGGACAUUUGACUGUAAUAUGGAUACAGCGAUACGGGCCUAGGGACGGAUAAGGAACCUACUUGUAUAUUUAUAUAGCAAUUCGUGUGGCUGGGAAAUUCAAUAUGGUUUAUCAGGUGUUGAGUAGUGCCGGAGAGGACUGUGGUGGAGUGGAAGAGCUCCAACUCCUGAGUCCAAGACGAAGGGCCAAUCAGUUGAUGGAACGACUGUCCGGCGACAAUAUGAGACCGCCGCAGCAAUCUCUGUCACCGAGAUUAGACCACCAGGCUCACAGCCGGAAGGUAGCGCUACGACGACCUGACCCUGGCACGGAGGAGUUCAUGAGAUUCAUACGCGAGUAUCAAUACGAAAGACAGCCUACAAACAUUCGCCUGCAGAAAAGAGCGCCCCUACCGGGCAUUGGUGAAAGCACAAGAGUCGGGAUGAGCUCGACCUUUGAACGAACAAAUGUCAAUUCACCAUAUGAUGACACUUUAGUGGACAAUGAAGUAUCAUUUUUGAACAAUAAGCCUGACCCUCGACAGGACCCGAUGUUACAGGAAGUGCUUACGUUAGCAAGGGAGAGAACUAAGGAUCAUAUCAUUCUCAGCUCGUGGAACGGUCAUAUGCAAAAUGGCAAUCUUGGUUCUGAUAGUAAUAGAAAUGUUGUACCUCGGCAGUCAAAUGAAUUCGGUAGCAAACCAAAUAAAGCACCAAAGACAUUAAAUGGAAUCAGGCCAAACAUGAAAAAACUUUCAAAGCAGUUACCUCCAAUUUCGCGUGAGGAUAUCCCAGAGCGACCAUCAGCCCCGUCACCGUCUCUUACUCCGCCAUAUCCAAAUAGUUCAGAUGACAGUUUUGUUGCCGAGGAACCCAUAGACUACAUCGACCUGUGAAAAUGUGUUCCAAGUGUUUUGUCUCUACGUUCACGUGAUCAUAGUAAUAUGAAUACUGCCAAAUGAAAUUUUAUCAGACAGUUAUUUGAUGAAUUUCAUAUUAAGUAAAUACAGUGUCCGGAACAUACUCGACAUUUAGUCAUGUGAAAGGCAAAUUGUGUUUACAAAUAUAGCUUUAAAAAGAUGCACGUGAACUUCAUGUGCGUGUGAAAUGGAAAAAAAACUUGCACAGGACAUUCGGUGAAGAGACUAUGCCUCGUUAAAAUCGGGGUGACAAUUACUAGACUGUUGAGCUCCAUGAUUCAUUAAGUCAUUCAUACAUUUCAAUCGCAAAACCUGUUAAAACGAACAUUGAAAUACUACCCAAUAAAGAGGGUGUUUUAUACAUUUUGUUUAUAAGUAUUUUAACCAGAAGCUGGCAAAAUUGUACGCAGGUGUUAAAAUUAUUCAAUAUAUGUGCAUCGACUUAGUGUCGGGUUAUACUGCCGACAUAAUAGCCGGUAAUUAAGACACUGCUUUGAUUCCAUUCCAAAUCCAGUAAUAGCGAUAAGCCUGUGCAUAUCAUUUAAUGAUUUUGUCAAUGUUAUUAGCUGCCAGGUAAUUAAGUGCCAUAUCAAUGUCUGCGAUAGGUUUCAAGUGUAUCUAAUGUUACCCUUCCCCUCUUUCGCUGUUCAUACCAAAAAUAUCCUGUUCUGCGUCCCUUAACCCCCACCCCCAACCCCCACCCCAACCUCACUCCCUCCCACCUACCCCACCCCAGAACCUAUAUAGCGAGACAAAGCCUAAUCAUGAUGAAGUAGAAAGGCUUGAUGCAUAUUUUCCUGUUUGCUUGUUUGAUAUUUGUGGUCAUGUGAUUGUUCUCGCGAGAGUGAGAAUAUGAUGAGAGUUGCGAGAAUAGUGUUUGAUUGGUCACAUGUCCAUGUCAUUAAUGAUAAUUGUUAGGUACGUAUUCCUUUACAACUCGGUACAUGCCUUCUAAAGUAACUGUGUAAUGAUUACACAACUUUACGCAGUUCCCGUUCUUAACGUAAAGAUAUUUUCAUACAUUAUUAUCAAAAAUAUCCCUGAACCUUACAAUUUCGCAGAAAUUAAAAUGUAUGGAUUUAAAAUCAAAAUUAAACGUCGCCAGACAAAGGGCAUUUAAAUUAUCUUCGUUGAAAUGUUCGUACAUGUCUGUUCGUGAGUUGUGAUAUAUGACACGGGUUUUUAUAACCAAAGACCCAAAGAAAUUAGUGUGUUCAAAUUCAGAUGUAAAUUUCUUCGUUAAAACUGUUAAGUCCUACUUUAGACGUUAAAGCGCUUUUAAAUCUGUUGUCAAUAUAGCCGUAAAUACUGGUCCGUCCGUAUACAAAGUAUGUCGUUAAUGUGAAAAUGUGUUUCAUAAAUCAUUGAUAGUGUUGUCAUGAUGUUAUAAUACUACAAUAAAACUUCUUUAUACUGCCAACAGUUUUUGAACGAUAAAAACAGAUUUAGCAAUAUAUCGAAAUACACUUUUUUUAAUUGGAUCUUGAUUGGCUUUGGCGGUAUGUGAAAGGGUUUAUCAAACGAGUGGCAGUAUAAAGAGGUAGCGAUGUAGUUUGUAUCCUUAUCUUGCCAUCAUUUAUGUUACGACAGUUAAGACUGAAUUUUCUCAGGGAAGUUUGAAAGUUCUUCACAUUUGUAUCAUUCUAUCAUUUCCUACAGACUUCAAUAAUAAAGAAAUAUUUAUCUAGAAA